CGCCAUCGUGACACAAGACUGGCGGUGAAGGAGGAAAGGAGACUCCCAGGAAAUACGCUGAUAAAACCUCACCCAGUUGCUUUUAUUUAGUGUGGCAGACCUCGAGGGUGAGCACAGGGUGAAACAAUGGAGGAGUUUACCUUUGAAGAAGAAGAGGAGGAAGAGGAGGAGGAGGAGAUACUGCCAUCACGAGGAGAAAUGGAGAAGAUGGAGGAGCAGACUCGACUCCUGCGACAGCUUUACACAGAGACUCAUGGGGAGAGGAUGGGGGGGGAGGUGCAGCAGCAUUCCUUCAGUGACCUAUGCUCUGUUCCUCUCAGUCUUACUCCAGGUACAAUAUUCUGGAGAGGAGGCAUGGAGGAAGAAGAGGUGGAGGAGGAGGAGGACGACGAAGAGGAGGAAGUGGACAUGGAACUGAAGGUGCUGGUGCCAAGCCGAGAAGAGACGCAAGAGAUGGAGGAGCAGAACAGGAUGAUGCAAGCCCUCCUGCAGGAUUCAAUGAAGGAAAACAUGGUAGCUAGUGCGUCCUUCAUCAGUCCCUCAGAGCCAAGAGAACCAUCACACCACACCUCCCAACCUCAGACCUCCACCACUACCUUCCCCAUCUCCUCCACAUCCACACAGUCCCUGGUGGCGGAGGAAUGUGGAGGGCAGCUGGAGGGCCAGGUGGAGGCCCUCUUGGCUCAGGCAUCCUCAUUAGAUAAGGCGCUCCACUUAAAUUUGGCACUUCAGCAGGUUUUCAAGGAGACAAUUUUCAAGGUGGAAGAGGCGCUGAGGAAGAACAGGGAGAUACAGGCAGAGGUGAAGCAGGAUAUGGAGGAGUCAGGAUGGUCAACAGGGAAUGUACCAAGAAGGAUCAUGUCAGCGAAUCAGGCACAGGGGAGGAACCCUCUCAAAUACUCUCGCCUUUGUAUACCGUACUUCAAGGACGCGGGUGGCAUGCCCUUCUCCAUGAAUGAGGAUGCCAAGAGGAAGAUGGAGGAAGGAUAUAUUGACCUGUACACUGCUAAAAAUCGUGCUUGGCUAAAGAGGGAGCAGAAGACAUUGGUGGAGGCGGUGGAGCAACACUGGAAGGAACAGUGGAUCAAGCACCACAAGGAAAACAUCAAAACUGUGGAGCGACAGAAGAGGUUUCUGGCUGGCUGCCACUCACAGGAGAAGGAGGAAGAGGAGAGGAAGCUGGAGAGAGAGAUGAAGAAAACUGAAAAGGCAUUGCAGGAAUUGAUGGAGAUGCCCGGGAAAGAUGUAGGGCCCCCUCCCCAGGCCACGGAACCCCCCAUUGGGAACUUGAAGCUGGACUGGGAGGAGAUCGCUGCCCAGGCUUUUGACGGCGUGCGGACAUCUCGGGAGUGUCAGCUGAUGUGGGACAACUUGCUCCACCCGAGUAUUUACCGAGGGCCGUGGAAGGAGUGGGAGGACCUGGCCAUACAGAGGCUGGUCAAGAUCCCGGACACCAACACCAACUGGGACGCCAUCGCCAGGAAUCUUGAUAAUGGACGCACUGGUUACCUGGUGAUGCAGCGCUGGGUGUCCUUCAUACUGCCCACAAUCAGGCCAGUCACUUGGAGUGUGGUCGACACUAAGAAGCUCCUGGAUGCCGUUAGUCUGCUGCGAACUGGUCCACACAUCCCUUGGGCCCAGGUUCACCAGCACCUCCCAGGCUUCACCAGGUACCAGAUCUACAAUAAAUGGAAGACGCUCAACCCAGAGAAGAAGCACAAUUGUUUUACUUUGGAGGAAGAUUUUACCCUCAUUAAGGGUUUGUAUGUGUUUGGCUACAACUUUGAAAGCAUCGCCAGUUUUCUACCAGGACGUUCUGCUGUUCAGGCCAAGCAGAGGUUCAAGAUUUGCUUCAUUGUGCCUCUCACCACUAAACCCUGGACUAGGAAGGAAGACAGGACCCUGAUGGAGAAAGGAGAGGUGAGCACUACUGGGUGGAAGAAGCUUGUGAUGGACCUGCCUCGCCGCACCCCGCCACAGAUGAGAGCUCGCUACCUCUCCCUUAUUGUUUGGGACAGUGUCAGGGAAAGGGAGACAGAGCGUUGGGAGCAGCCGCCGCCACUGUUCCCCUUGAGCCUGCUGACGAACAAGGACAAAGUGAAAGCCAUCCGGAACCUCAUGAUAAAACAUGACCCUGGGAUCAAGGUUGCCAUCGACCUGACCAGGACCCACAUGAACUUGAAGGAGGUGCUGGAGGAGCUGGAGGAGAAGCGACUGGCUGGGCAGCGGGAGGUGGAGGAGGUGACAGCACAGCGAAUGAACUCUUUAAUGAAGAAGCGUGGCCGGACGAAAGGGAUUCCCAAUGCUGUGCCCACCUUCACUCCACUGCGGGCCACACUCCUCAAGGUCUUCUUUGCCCCUGGUCGCUGUCACACCCCCUACACCCCUAUGGUUACUGAAGAGAUAACUGGUUGGCUGUGUGCGAUGAGUGAUGCGCUGUCUCUGAGGGUGAACCAGCGUGACCAGGAGGAGGAGGAGGAGGAGGAGGAAGAGAAUUUGUAUAUUUCCCAGUAUGAUCGCAGCCUCCUCCGGCAUUUGGCCAAAGCACAACAGAGCAAGGCGGAUGAGGAGCGGAAAAUUAGUGGUGGUGGUGGAGUGAGGGCUGCCAGCAUGCCUUACCUGCCGCCUUGUCUCAGCACCGUGGGGGCCAUGCUGUCUGUCAUCAUGCAACGGCCUAUGCUGUACAAGAUGUCAACUGGGCAAUUCAUCUUUCAAAACUUCCGGCCGCAGCAGUUAGCGUCCAUGUCCCACACUCAGCUGACUAGGAUACAGAACUACGAGAAUGACGAACUGCGGAUUCAGGCAACUUUGGUGGCACAGAACAGUGAAGGGGACAACAGAGCCUCCACCAGCAUCUCCUGUGUGCCCUCCUCCUCCUCCUCCUCUACACAGAAAGCGAAGAUCCAGGAAUUGUCUGGUUCUGAGGCAAAUAAGACAGACACAGGCAACGAUGGGGAGGAGAAUGAAAGAGAGGAGGAGGAAGAAACAGACGGCAGCAGUAAUAGUCAGGAGAAAGUGGUGAAGAUACAUAUUACUUGUGGAAAGUCCAGAAAGGUUGCCCAGUUCCCCACAGAUUCAGGUGUUGCAACUCUGAAGAAAGAAUCAAGGAAGCCAAAUUUCAGUACAUAUAUUAAAGGGUACAGCAAGACUAGGGGAGGCCAACCCAGCAGCAACCCAGGCCGCCAAGAAGACAUGGAGGACAAAGCCACAGCACAGGCAGGCCCCCAGGAAGACAAAGAACACACAGCCACAGCACAGGCAGACCCCAGCACCCCUGCAGGCCCCCAGGAAGACACAGAACACACAGCCACAGCACAGGCAGACCCCAGCACCUCUGCAGGCCCCCAGGAAGACAUGGAGGACAAAGCCACAGCACAGGCAGACCCCAGCACCCCUGCAGGUCCCCAGGAAGACACAGAACACACAGGCACAGCACAGGCAGACCCCAGCACCCCUGCAGGCCCCCAGGAAGACACAGAACACACAGCCACAGCACAGGCAGACCCCAACACCUCUGCAGGCCCCCAGGAAGACAUGGAGGACAAAGCCACAGCACAGGCAGACCCCAGCACCCCUGCAGGCCCCCAGGAAGACAUGGAGGACAAAGCCACAGCACAGGCAGACCCCAGCACCCCUGCAGGCUGCCAGGAAGACACAGAACACACAGCCACAGCACAGGCAGACCCCAGCACCCCUGCAGGCCCCCAGGAAGACAUGGAGGACAAAGCCACAGCACAGGCAGGUCCACAGGAAGACACAGAACACACAGCCACAGAACAGGCAGGCCCCAGCACCACUACCACUAGUCUCCCAUGGCAGAACAACACAUUUGCACUCUCAAGUAACACCUGGAGGAGCAGGGAAGAAACACAGGCCAUACUGGAGGAGGAGGAAAGGCUGCAGAAGGCACGGCAGAGAGCAGAGGAGUUGCUGUUCCAGAGAAUGUUGUCCGUGUUCUUCUGGCCGACCAUUAUGAAACUAGAGCAUCCCUUCAGGUGGAUAGUGAGCGGCAUGGAGGAGCUGGUGAACAAGCGCAAGGCCCACAUGAAGGAGGAAAGGGAAACAGUCAAGCGGAGGAGACACGCUAAGGACAGGGAGACGCUGGAGGACUCGCAAUACAUACGAGAGCUGGUGGCAAAACUGAGGCAAGAGAUAGAGGAGAAGAAAAACACCAAGGAGAAUCUGGCUAAGGCAAAGGAAGCCAAGACAACACAGAAGCAAGGACAGAAGAGGAAGAGAUCACAACCAGAACCUACUGAAGACAGAGCUGAUGAGAAGGAAGAACAAGAGGCACCACCACCAUCAUCAUCAUCAUCAUCACAACCAGCACCAUCACCACCACCACCAGACAACACCAAAGGGGAAUAUCAGCCUGUGUUUUAAGCAUUGCCAAGAGCAAGAUGAAGUUGAAGAAGAUAAACCGUUCUCUAAAAAUGAAGGAGCUGUGGGAGGCGCGGAGGCAAGGCAGUGCUCCAGAUCGUAAGAAAAAGGGGAAACAUCGCAAGGAGUAUGUUCCAAGAGAGUCCAGGAGGAGGAGUCAGCCCAUAGAAGCCACUGCAACCACCAGCACCUGACUGCUGUGUGUGUGAUGUACAUGUCCUGGUGACCUGUAAAGUUGUGAUGACUUGAUAUGGUUGUCAUGGCCUUCAAGUGUCCUGAUUGUGUUGGUGAUGUCAUUUCUUUUCACCAUGAUACUUGAGCAGCGUGUUUUGACUUAAUGACGAGAACAAUGAGUGUUAACUUAAAAAUUCAGAAACAGUUACCAGAAUGAUUACUUUGGAGGUAUUUCACUUCAGCUUUUGUGUAAAAAGUGAAAUCCUACUUUUCUUUCUACCACAUCUCUGUUAUUACUGCCUCUUUUAUAAAUAAACUUGCUGUUGCCAAAGCCAUUAUUAUUAAUAAAAGUACAAAUUUA